CUCGUAAGUUGAUUUUAAAGCCAAAAUAAAUAUUACCAAAGCCUUUCAGGUUGUACGUGAUAAUAUAACUUCUGGUGUAUCUUGUUGCUUCGGAUAUUUUGUACUUAAUUUAAAACAGGAUCCUCUUUAGCUUCCUGCGCAAUACAGCUAGCGUAGCGUUGUGUUUCGUUACAAUAGCACAUCACCAGAGUAUUUGGGACCAACGAUUUGUAAUAAGUGUGGAGAGGAUGGAGAACGAGGAGCAACCAGAUGAUCAUCAGUCACUGGAGAAGAAAAGUGAAAGAUUCAGACUUCACAUGGUGACGUGGAACGUGGCGACGGCUGAUCCUCCUGAUGAUGUGGCCUCACUUCUCCACUUGAACUCGCCAAAGACUCCUGACCUCUAUGUCAUAGGGUUGCAGGAAGUGUACUCAGGGCCAGCGAGGUUUGUGUCGGACAUGAUAUUUGACGACCCCUGGAGUCAGCUGUUUAUUUCCACACUAGCUCCAUUGAAUUACGUCAAGCUGUCAUCAAUAAGAAUGCAGGGUCUGCUGCUGCUCUUCUUCUCCAAACUGGAGCACGUCCCCUUCAUCAGAGACAUCCAGGCCACCUACACCCGCACCGGCAUAUUUGGUUACUGGGGUAACAAAGGCGGUGUGUCGGUUCGUCUGUCUUUUUAUGGACACAUGCUCUGCUUCCUCAACUGCCACCUGGCUGCCCAUAUGAAUUAUGCAAAUGAAAGGGUGGAUGAGUUUGAGCACAUCAUGGACACACAGACCUUUGAUUGCAAGAAAGCUCCAAGAAUAAUUGAUCACAGGCUAGUAUUCUGGUUCGGAGAUCUCAACUUCAGGAUCCAGGACCACGGCAUGCACUUUGUCCGCUCGUGUAUCAACAACCAAACCUACAACCUGCUGUGGAGUCAUGACCAGCUGCUCAUGCUGAAGAAAAAGGAGCAGCUGCUGCAGGAGUUUGAAGAAGGACCACUGGACUUUCAGCCCACUUUCAAAUUUGACUUGAACUCAGAUACCUAUGACAGCAGCGGCAAGAAGCGAAAACCUGCCUGGACCGACCGGAUUCUGUGGCGGGUCCGACCCAAAUCCCAAUCCAAUGACGAGCAAGAUGAAAACGAUGUAAAGGAGAGGAAUCAACUGAAAGAGGAAGAGGAGUAUCCUCUGAAGGUCCAGCAGGACUUGUACACCAGCAACAUGGAGUACAGCAUCAGUGACCACAAACCUGUGAUCGGGAUCUUCACCCUGGAGCUGACAAAGAUGCACCAGACUCCUCUGGUGAGUCUGCAUGCAGAAGGCGACUGGAGUGCGGACAUUGACUCCAUUGUUCUCUACAACCCCUUGCAGCCCUUCCCAUCCAGUACUUGGGACUGGAUCGGACUCUAUAAGGUUGGAUUCAGCAGCGUGUCAGACUACGUGACCUACACGUGGGUCAAAGACGACGAAGUGGCCUUCAACGACGAAGUGAUGCAGGUGUUCAUGGGUAAAGAGGAAAUCCCGGUUAGGGGUGGAGAGUGUGUCCUGUGUUACUAUAGCAGCAACCUGCGGUGCAUCAUUGGAAUUAGUGAACCAUUUAAGGUCCAAGAGUCCAAGGUAGCUGUGGCAGAAGGCUUGUUUCCUGAGAGGAUCAAUGGACUGGACAGAAUAGCAAGAAGUGAAGACUAACCAAACCAAAUCACCAAAUCACUCCCAAAUGUGGAACAAUUGAUCUGACUGUACCUGAUCCGGUUUCUUGACCUCCAGCUCAGAAUUCAAAUUAGGAAUCUCAUCCCAAGUGACCCCAACACCUCUGUGGUUGGUAUAUUUUUCUAGAAUGAGUGGUCUUCUGGUAGACAGAGCAACUGCUGUAGUAUUACCUGGCUAAUGUUCAAUAGCUUAUAGAUGUAAAGACGAAGGGUAUUUCCUUAAGACCAGCUCAGGGAUGAAGGAACCACGGCAGGUUUUCUGCUUAAGCUCGGCUUCUGUUAGAAAACAGCAACCCUCCAGUAAACUGUCAGCUUGGAAAAGGGAAUUGGAAAGCAAACUGUUCUCUUUCCAUGCUAUCUUAACACCAAUUUAUAUGUAAACACUUUUCAUAUUUUCAGCAAUUGUAUGCUUUUUCUGAGUGCCAGUCUGUGUUUGUGCAAAGCACUGAUUCCUCAUUUUACAGCAUAUUCUCUCAUUGAAGAAAAUAACCUUAAAAAAACAGAAUCUUUUGUGAGAUUAUAGAGUGUGCAGAAAGUGUGAAAUGUUUAGAAAAGUGAGAAGUUUUUGUUCUGGAAGCUUCUCUAUCUGUGUACUGUCAUAAAAGAAUCACUGCUGUUGUGUGAAAGCUAGAUGUGAUUGUGAUUUAAAUAAUUUGUGAUUAUUGAUAUUGUUGUAGAGACAAGCUGCUGUACAAAGACAAAUGAUUAUUUGACAGUUUGGAUUUUAAAGCUCUCCAAUUGUUCACUGAGAACUGAACUGCUGUUUUAUUAGUUGGAUUUGUUUCCAAUGACUACAAGUCAGAUUUGUAACUUCAGCCCACAGGAGGUUUUAAGAAAAUAUUGAAAUCAUUCCUUUUUAAUGUAGAUUGUGGCAUCACUGUAAACUUAAUGACUAUUUUUGCACUGUUUAAUGUUGUUAAACAUAUAUAUAUAUAUAUAUUUAAGAUUUGUCAUUAUUAUUAUUCAGUAUAUGUUUUGUGGCAAAUUCAUCAAGUGCCUUUAAAGCUAUUGUCUAAACUGAACUGUAUGCUGCUUGCCGUAACUUUGACCUCUUCAUCACCAGUUCCUUAUGUUUAAUCUUUUGACAUCUUUAUUGCUUAUUUUAUCAGAUCUCAAUUUGAUCUUUCUGAAACUUUUUUUGCUGUUGACUUCUUUUGUCAGCUGUUUCCUUGCGAAUGUACUGUAAAAAAAAAAAAAAAAAAAAAGAACUUUUCAAAAAUAAAACUUAUAUAAUUCCA